CAGGAGGCUUCCGCUUCCGGUUUUGACGGACGCUUCGGCUGUAAGGAUGAUCGGCGACAUCCUGCUGUUCGGGACGCUGCUGAUGAACGCCGGGGCCGUGCUCAACUUUAAGCUGAAGAAGAAGGACACACAGGGUUUUGGGGAGGAGUCCAAGGAGCCCAGUACAGGGGACAACAUCCGGGAGUUUUUGCUGAGCCUCAGGUACUUCCGCAUCUUCAUUGCACUGUGGAACGUCUUCAUGAUGUUCUGCAUGAUCGUGCUCUUCGGCUCCUGAGUGGCUGGAUGGCAACUGGGAAUGCGGGCUCCUCUGUCUGUCCAGAAUGCCUUUGACCUGAAAACCAGGAGCCUUCCCGGAAGCCAGUGGGUGGAUCAGAGCUGUGGACCCGCCUCUGCCAGAGGCACCUGCCCCAGUUUCCUGCUGAGAUUCCAUCAGUGUGGCCGGGGUGGCUCCGCGGGCUCUGCCUGAAGACUCGCCGCGAGCGCCCAGGAAGACAUUCCUCCGUCCUUGAUCUGCCUGGAAUCUCCCCCACGCUCCCCAAGAACCUGCUUCUGGGUUUGCUCUGUUUUUUCUUUUUAACCAAAGCCUCACAGUGGUGACAGAGGCUAUGAGGGCACACCCCAUGUUGUGGGUGGACAUUUGGGGCCUCGCAGCUGUCUGCCCCCCACCAGGUUCAUGCCUCAUCCCACCUGCCGGGGCGGGGCCUCCUCCCGUGGCCCCACGGCAGCAGCAGCAAGACCCCAUUCUUGAGGUUUGGAUGUACAACGCUGCAGAACUGUAGUGCUCCGGUGGGCUCUGCUUGCCCCUCGGUGCGGGCUCCCAGGACACGAGGGAGGGAAGCAGAGGCGCAGAACUGGCCGCAGGGUUGGUGUUAAAAUAAAGCACCUCCGGGGGACCCCCAACCAUGUUA